AUGGAUAUAUGGGUAUCACUGCAUGUGGGCUAUUCAACAAACUACUUCUCUUCUGGUGCUUGGAUCCUUCAAGGACGAACCUAUCAUUGUACACCAUGUCAUGAUCAAGCAACAACGUCCACAGCAUUUCUCAGUACCGGCACACCGUAUUAUGUGAUUACAUUUGAACAUCACUUGCAUGGACGUCUGCAGCACCAAACAACGGCAUUCAUACCUUUCGGUGAGCCAAAGCGUUAUCUUGCGUCGAUUUUUCUUUUGACCCAUAUCCUGACACGCCUGCACGCUACGCAUCAAUCAUAUCAACAUCAACCACAAGGCAUUUGGGAAGUGGAACAAGCUACUUGCGAAGUGGAACAAGCUACUUGCGAAGUGGAACAAGCUACUUGCGAAGUGGAACAAGCUACUUGCGAAGUUGAACACGCCAUUUCAGAAGUGAACCAAGCUACUGCAAGAAGUGGAACAACCUAUUUGAGAAGUGGAACUGUUGAUUCCGAAACGUCCUAG